AUGUUUAUCGCCAAGCCCAGCAAGCUUGCCCUCACGCUCGUUUUAUACGUCGCCCUCGCGCUCACAAUCGCCUCCACAACCGCAGACGCUAAAGGCUUUGCUCCUGCCCCCCGUCGCCCCCAUGGCGAAGACCUCACCCGCAUGGUCAGAAAACGCGCGACCUCGCUCAGCAGCAUAAUCACCGGCGGUGACAACCAGCCCGCUCUCGGCGCAGCAGGCAACCCCCCCAGCGAGUCGUCCUCUGCCGCCGUCUCGUCUUCCGCAUCCGCCAGCGCCAGUGCUGCCACCUCUGCCUCUGCCGCAGCCUCCGCCUCUGCCUCUGCCGCAUCGUCCGCUGCGGCCACAUCAGCCGCUGCCACCUCUUCCGCUGCCUCGAGCGCUGCCACUUCUAGCGCCGCUUCGUCUGCUGCUACUAGCUCGGCUGCGUCCUCCACAGACCUUCUCGGUAGCAUCAUUGGUGUGCUCACUAACACUGCGUCGUCUACCGCAUCCCUCUCAAGCGCCUCUUCCACCUCGGCCACACCCACUUCGUCCGCGGCCGCACAAACCACGCACGCCGUCGAGACCUCGCAGUCCGUCAACUUUGUGCAGGCGUCCGCGUCCUCUGAAGCGGCCGCCGCAUCCUCCGCCGCUGCCGUGAAAACCGUCUUCAGCUCUGUCUCCGCUGCGGCCGCCACGGCCUCCGCGAGCUCGGACACGUCCAAGAAGUCCGGCAACUCGUCCAUCUCCCACACCGCGAUCACCAUACUCAUCGUGAUCGCCUCCUGCAUCGGUGGCACCGCGCUCAUAUGGACCAUCAUCCGCAAGUGGAAGUUCAGGCCCUCGUCCCAGUUCGAGGACCGCAUGCAGCCGAUCGAUUGGCAGCCGACAGACCACGACAGCGGGCUGCCGACGCAUCGCCGCGUGCCGUCCAACGCGUCGUCCUUCCACUCCUCGGGCCACGAGAGCGCGGCGGGAGGCGCCGGCGCUGGUGCGGGCGGGUACGGCGCGACGGCGAACAAUGCGCCCGCGCCGCUGAACCCGAUCCCCGACCACGACUUCACCGCGGGUCCCGCGAACUUUGCGCCCGUCGGCGGUUAUGCGGACCUCGCGCGCGGCGUGAGCCCCGCCCCGCCGCAGAUGGGUCAGAUGGGUCAGAUGGGCCAGAUGGGCCAGAUGCCGCUCACGCGCGGGCCGAGCAUGGCGCGCGGGUACGAUCAGUACGGCGUGCCGUUGCACCACCAGACGGGCGGGUACGAGGUGCCGAACCCGUACGACUAUAAUCGGGGCGCGGGCUACUGAGGAGGGUGAGUGAAGAGCGGGGGGGCCGGCGUGGGCGUGAGGCGUGGGGCGGGGCGUUGAACGCGUUGCUCCUCUUCCGUUCGUUCGUGCGUGGCGUGCGUUCUUUCGUCGCGCGUCAGACAGAGUCGGACACAGAGUCGAGUCGUUGAUGUAUGCAAUCCAUUCGUUUGUUUUACCCCCCC